CGGCGGGUGUCUUGGGUUUUGUAAAGAGAAAAGUGUUCCUGUUAGCCUGAGACGUGUCCAGAUGUUUUGGAUGGGUAACUUGAACAGUUUUUGUAUCUGAUAUGUAGGUACAACCUCCAAAAAUGCAGCAGCUCUUGAAACAGAGCUGUAGGUAGAACGUCCUUUCUAAUAAGCAGAUGCAGGAAGGAAGUCAGUGGGUGCCUUAGGGCGAUGCCCAUGGAUUGCUUCAGCAUCCUUAAGCUGUUGAUUAUUUUUUUUUUUCAGACCGUACUGGUUACCUGAAGUAGGUGUGGGAAGGAUACAUCCUUGUGUUUCCUCAGCCAGCAGCAGUGGCGCAGUGGGAGCAGGAUCGAAUGGCUGCGUGCCUGCCAUCUGGCUGCCAGUGCCGUGGCCCAGAUUUGGAAACAAGCAGCUGGGAGCAAAUGGUUAUGAGCCUUAGAGUUUCUGAGCUGCAAGUACUUCUGGGCUACGCAGGGAGGAACAAGCACGGACGGAAACACGAACUUCUCACGAAAGCACUGCAUUUGUUAAAGGCUGGCUGCAGUCCUGCUGUACAAAUGAAAAUCAAAGAACUCUAUAGGCGAAGGUUCCCCCAGAAAAUCAUGACACCUGCAGACUUAUCUCUCUCCAGCGUACACUCAAGCUCCAUGCCAGCAGCUUUGUCUCCAUCUACCAUUCCACAGCUCAGUUACGAUGGCCACCCCGCCACGUCACCAUUGCUCCCCGUUUCGCUUCUGGGACCUAAACAUGAACUGGAACUCCCCCACCUCACAUCUGCGCUCCACCCUGUCCAUCCCGACAUCAAACUUCAGAAGUUACCUUUUUACGACUUGUUGGAUGAGCUGAUAAAACCUACCAGCCUAGCAUCAGAUAACAGUCAGCGAUUUCGAGAAACCUGCUUUGCAUUCGCACUGACGCCACAGCAAGUGCAGCAAAUCAGCAGUUCAAUGGAUAUUUCUGGGACCAAAUGCGACUUCACAGUACAGGUCCAGCUAAGGUUUUGUUUAUCAGAAACCAGUUGUCCACAAGAAGAUCACUUCCCACCCAAUCUGUGUGUGAAAGUAAAUGGGAAACCAUGCAGCCUUCCAGGCUAUCUUCCACCAACCAAAAAUGGUGUUGAACCAAAGCGACCUAGCAGACCAAUCAACAUUACCUCACUCGUCAGAUUGUCUACGACGGUACCAAACACAAUCGUUGUUUCGUGGACUGCAGAAAUUGGAAGAAACUAUUCCAUGGCAGUCUAUCUCGUAAAGCAGCUGUCCUCUACGGUGCUACUGCAGAGGUUACGAGCAAAAGGAAUACGGAACCCCGAUCACUCGAGAGCAUUAAUCAAAGAGAAACUGACUGCAGAUCCAGACAGUGAAAUAGCAACGACAAGCUUAAGAGUUUCUCUUCUUUGUCCGCUUGGCAAAAUGAGGCUAACCAUACCGUGCAGGGCUCUGACCUGUUCACACCUGCAGUGUUUUGAUGCCACUUUAUACAUCCAGAUGAAUGAGAAGAAACCAACUUGGGUUUGCCCUGUCUGUGACAAGAAGGCACCCUAUGAACAUCUCAUUAUUGAUGGGUUGUUCAUGGAAAUCCUGAAGUAUUGUACAGACUGUGAUGAAAUUCAGUUUAAGGAGGAUGGCUCAUGGGCUCCUAUGAGAUCGAAGAAGGAGGUGCAGGAAGUGACCACAUCUUACAAUGGAGUUGAUGGAUGCAUAAGCUCUUCCUUAGAACAUCAGGUGUCUUCUCACCAGCAAUCAAACAAAAAUAAGAAGGUAGAAGUGAUUGAUUUGACCAUUGACAGCUCGUCAGAUGAAGAGGAGGAGGAACCCUCUGCGAAGAGAAGCUGUCCUUCCAUAUCUCCAGCAUCACCAAUGAAUAAUAAGGGUAUUUUGAAUUUACCCCAUCAAGCAUCUCCUGUGUCAAGAACACCAAGCCUUCCUGCUGUUGACACCAGUUACAUCAACACAUCACUUAUCCAAGACUACAGGCAUCCAUUCCAUAUGACACCUAUGCCUUAUGACUUGCAAGGUUUAGAUUUCUUCCCUUUCCUGUCAGGAGACAAUCAGCAUUACAACACAUCCCUUCUUGCCGCUGCAGCUGCGGCAGUUUCUGCAUCAGAUGAUCAAGAACUCUUACACUCUCGUUUUUUCCCAUACACUUCAUCUCAGAUGUUUCUCGAUCAGCUAAAUGCAGGAGGAAGCAGUUCUCUGCCAGCCACAAACGGUAGCAAUAGUGGCAGUAACAGCAGUCUUGUUUCCUCCAACAGCCUGCGAGAGAAUCAUGGUCAUCCAGUUGCAAGUAGGAGCGGCGCGGACACGGCGUCUAUCUUUGGUAUCAUAUCAGACAUUAUUUCCUUGGACUGAUUUUUGGAGAAAACGAACUGGUCAGAGGAAGUCUUUGUGUUUGGUUUUACUUUAUGUUAGAAACAUAGACAGGUUUUUUUCCUUUUUUAGGGAAAAAAAUUUACAUGUACAGAGAACAAAACUAUAUUUUCAGUUUUACUUUUGUAUAUAAAUCUAAGAUGGCCUCACAGAUAAAAAAAAAAAUAACAAAAAAAAAAAAACCCACAAAGCAAAACACACACACAAAAAACCCACAAAUACAAGGAACUUCGAUUUUCUGGAUGCUGAAGAUUCUACACCUGUGCAUUUGUCAUGUGAGUUACUUUUUCUGCCCUUAGUUUGGACACAAAUGGCAUUAUUCUCUUCACAGUAACAUAAAUGGGAAAAGGAACUGAACUUCUGAAGUUCAAGCUCCUAGGUUUUUUCUUUUUUUUCUUUUUUUUUUCUUUUUUUUUUUUUUUUUUUUGCCUCUUAGAGACAUCUGUAUUUGGUGGUGGAAUGUAAUUCCCCCAUCCCAUUUUGGUGCAGAUUUUGUUGUGCUUGAAGUGGAAUAAACCCUACCCAGCCUGUUCCGUACCAUUCCCUCAGUUUGCAGUACGUAGCCUUUCAGGAGUGUUUAUCUGUCAUUUUUUGUUCUAUGUGACCCUCUGUUCAGCUGACUUUCUUUUUAAUUCCAUGCUUUAAUCAAGCAUGUUGCAAGCUCGUUAGUGCACCAAUUAUUCUGGAGGGCCAGACUCAAUAAAAUGUCAGGCUGAGAAAUGUUUUGGCUGUGUUAAUGUGGGACAAGACCAAAUUGGUACAGAAUCUAGCCCCAGAGAAAAGCAUCGACACAUCCCACUGUAGGUUUUUGUUUCUAACCACUUACUAUGAAAUCCUUUUAAAAUAACUUCAGAUCCUAAUCACAAUAUUAAGCAUGUGUCAGUUUGAGAUGUGUGGAGCUGCUUGUGCUUUAAGGUCAGCCACGUGUGUGGAGCUGGCCCACUGGGCUGGGCCUGCCUGCUGGCUGGGAAAACCUCCUUUGAGCUGCAGUACAUCAAAUUUCUGCUUCAAAGUGAACUUGUCAGCAAAAGGAAGAAAAUCCAAAUGCCAACGCUCUCUUGCAUGGUUUGUGCAGCUGAUAGUGGUCUUGGUACACCGUCUUCUGAGUUCGCCUUCACCGAGUUAAGUUGAUAUUCAGUGUUUAAUGUGAGUCUGUUAGACCAAAAAAAAGCCCGGCGCCCUUCCCUGCACUUAAACCAAUCUCUGCCUAUUGAAGUCUCCCAAGGUCAUGGGUUCCUGUUCAGUUUUCUCCCUUUGGCUUGGCGAUUGUUUUGAUUCCCCAUUCCUUUCCAUGCACUUCCAUUGCACUUGGAGCCACGUUUGCUUCCUGGUUUCACUUCUUUUUUUUUAUUUCUCAGCCAUGUGCGACAUAGGAAAAUCUUUUUGUAAGAGCUGGUGGAUCAUUUGGGCUGAUCCGUUCUUGUUACAGAGAAACGUGUAAAUAGCUGGAAUGCAGUUUUUCAGGAGAUUCUUUAAAGUGAGAGUAGGGGGAGGGAAGGAGGUGAUUCUCUUGUGUCCCAAAGUCCGCGUCAGAGAGAAAUGAUUUCCUCUGGUGUGAAAACUAUUUUUGUAACUGGUUGAAAGUGCAGGUAACAGGUUUAUCAGGAAAGAGAGUGAGGAAUACAGAGGUUAGCAGAUGCUUGUCUGAGUUUUUAAUGUCCCAAGCUGUUGAUUGCAGCUGUAGUUUGCUUUGAGCAUUGACGAGGGCCACCUUUUGCCUAUGAAGUUGUCUCAAAAUAUUGCAUUAAUUAAAAAAGGAAAAAAAAAAAAAAAAAA